AUGUCGCCACCACUUCCCCCCGUCGUCGAUCUGCCUCGCCGGACCUCCUCGAGCCCACUGCCUUUGCCCUACGGCCCCGCGGUGAGGCCCCCGGCCUCUCCCUCUCUCCCCGUCCCCGUCGUCGCGGUCGCCGCUCUCCGCACACGCACGCGCUCCCGCUCACCUACCGCGUUGGUCGCCUGCGCCCAGCGCCGCUGCCGGCUGCGCGCCCCUGCUCGACGCUCGCGUCGCCUGACCUACGCCCGCCUCUGCCCGCAACUCCCAGUGCCUCCCUUGCCGCUGCCCACCUCCGCAGCCGGUCCGCGCGCCCUGGCUACGCGCGACCGCCGCUCCCCGCCUCUGCUGCAGCCGCCGGCACCCGCCUUGGCUCCCUUCCCUGUCGUGGCCUCGUCUCCGGCCGCAGCCGCCUCCACCGCCCCCUCGCGCGACCCCCCCGUCGUCCUCUGCUGCAGGCCGCCGCUGUGCUGGCCUCGCCGGUGCCGUUCCCGGCCGGCCUCGUCGCGGCCCCGGUCGUCGCCCGACGCCGGUGCCCAUCUGCACCGCUCGGUCCACGCCUGGUCGGUGUUGGAAAUAUGCCCUAGAGGAGGGAGUAUCACGCGGCUGGACUACUACAAGAUCCUAGGCGUGGGCAAGGCGGCCACCGCCGGCGACAUCCGGAAGGCCUACCACAAGCGCGCGCUCAAGUGGCACCCGGACAAGAACCCCGACCACCACAAGAAUGAGGCAGAGAGGAGGUUCAAGCAACUGUGCGAGGCCUACGAGGCUCUCAAGGACCCGCUGAAGCGCGCGGUGUAUGACAGGCUCUCCGCCGAGGAGGGGCUCAAGGCGAAGGCGCCACCGACGCCGGCUGCCGCUGGCAGUGCUGGCGCGAGGGUGCCGCGCGCUGCAGGCCAGGGACGCGCGUCUAAGGCCACGGGCGGUGCCGACACCGGUGGAGCGAAACGAGCAGGUGGUGCAGGCAUGGGUGCGCGCUCCGGCGGUGCCCGCAGCGGUGGGGAGAAGCGAGCGAGCGGUGCAAGCCCCGGAGCCGCGAAGCCGAGCCGCACUAGCGAUGGUGGCUCUAGAGAUGUACCGGGCGCGGGCUGGGGAGGCCCGACGUGGACGCGAGGUGCUGGUGCCGGCGGCGCGAAGAGCUCGAGCGGUGCGCGCUCCGGGUGCACCGGAGACUCCCACUUUGGGGGCAAAGGAGGCACGACAUUCUUCCAUCCUACCGGUGCCACCUGGGCGACGAGCACCGGCGAUCUGGAAGAAAACGAGGAAUGUGGUGCGUCCAUGAAUCGGGAUUACUGCUAUGGGAGCGGGCACAUCAACGAAGACUACUACGAUUGGUUUGAUGAUGAUGACGAUGGGGCUGAAUAUGAAAGUGACUACUUCAUUUUGUCUGAAUAUGACCCCUUCGAUUUGUAUUAGAAAGAUGAACUAGGCUUAUGGUCCGGGGAGUGACGCUUAGGCUUAUCUGCUCUCGCUGAUCGGUUGGAAAUCUUUCAAAAAACAUCAUCAAAAUCAACUGUGCUGAUCGGUUUGUUGUA